UUGGCAUUGUGUGAUAUGGCUAACUCAUGUGGUAAAGCUAAAAAUUUUUUUGGAGUUGUUCAACGCAUUUAUACUAUUUUUGCCAACUCUACUAAGAGAUGGACAAUUUUGAAAGAUAAUUUAAAAGGGUUGACUCCAAAAUCAUUGUCAUCCACUCGUUGGGAGAGUCAUGUAGAAAGUGUCAAAGCUAUAAGAGCGGGAAUGUCAAAUUUUAUUGAAGCUUUACUUGAAGUGUCAGAUAAGGAUGAUGAUUCUAAAAUAAGAAGUGAAGCUAAAUCUUUAGCAACACAUGAACUUGGUGAUUUUGAGUUUAUAGUAUCUAUAAUUAUAUGGUUUGACAUAUUAUCUGCAAUUAAUUUGGUUAGCAAGCUCUUACAGUCAUAUGAUAUGCUUAUUGAUGUUGCUAUGUCAAAAAUAAAAAAGUUAAUUUCUUUUUUUAAGGAAUAUAGAAAAACUGGUUUUAAGAAGCCCUUGGAUGAUGCUACAGAAGUUGCCAUUGAAUUGAAUAUUGACCCGGUAUUUCCUCAAAGGCGCAUAAUUCGAAGAAAAAGGCAGUUUGAUGAGGAUUUGAAUACCCCGUCAGUUGAGCAAUCUGCAGAAGAAUCUUUUAGAGUUAAUUACUUUCUCUGCCUUGUUGAUCAAGCUAUUGUAUCUCUUAAUAAGAGAUUUGAACAAUUCCAACAAUAUGAAGCUGUUUUUGGUUUUUUGUUUACUUCUGACAAUUUAAAAUCAUUGGAUAAUGCGACUUUGGAGUCUUGUUGUGGUAAAUUUGAACAAGCAUUGAAGCAUAAUGAGGAAUCUGAUAUUGAUGGGAGAGAACUAUAUGUGGAGUUAAGGUCACUAAAAGAUAUCUUGCCUGAAGAAAAAAUGGGACCUAUUGAGAUUUUAAGAUUUUUGAAAGGCAUGAGUUAUUUUUCUAAUACAAUUGUUGCAUAUAGAAUUUUAUUGACUAUUCCCGUGACAGUUGCCUCCGCGGAAAGAAGUUUUUCAAAGUUGAAGUUGUUGAAGUCUUACAUGCGGUCUACCAUGCUACAAGAAAGACUUAAUGGCUUAGCAAUGAUAGCAAUUGAGAAUCCUAUGUUGCGAAAUAUACAAUACGAAGAGUUGAUUGAUGAAUUUGCUUCAGUAAAUGCGCGUAGGAAGUCUCGUUUUGGUGUGAAUGAAGACUCGUUUUGAAGGGCUGCAAUUUUUUUGUUGUUGCUGUGAUUGCUUGGCUUCUGUGCUGCCAGCUUUUUGGGUUUUUAGUUGUUGUUGUGACUGCUUGGUUGUUGUGCUGCGCGCAUGGCUUUUGGUGGUUUUGUGCAGGUUUCAUUUUCUGUCCUCUUGUUUUAGCCUUUUAGGCCUAUUAGAAUUAGUUCCUCUUGCUUUUGGUGUUAGGUGGGGGUUCCUCAUGUAUACGGUAGUCAUUUUCACCUAUGGGUGUACCGCAUAUAUACGGCACCUUGUAUUUAUCUUUUAAA